AUAUUUGGCCAUGAUUACACAGGCAAAAUAUGAUAUUUUUUAGAAUUACCCUUAAGACGUGGAUCAUAGAGCCAAGGAACCGUGAAAUUUUGUUAACCAAGUGUGUUCCAUAUUUACCUUCAUUAGCCAGAGUUUACAAGUGCACAAUGCUGUUGAGAUUUAACUUUUAUUGGAUAUGUUUCGCAUUCGGCAUCAGUGUAUUGUUAAUUCUUGCUGUAACUCGAUACACAGACAACACAAAGCACCGUUCAAAUCCAGAGCGGCCCGGGAAUUAUAACAACUUCCUGACAGAAGAAGAACAAUGGAACAGCCCCCCCGUGGGCUCACCAAACAUUGACGAUAUACUCGAGGAGACUAGAGUGAAAAUUGCCUUAGAAUUAACAAAUUAUAACUUCACAAAUUCGGCGGCAAAAAAUCUGAGGGAACUACUGUUGGAAUCGGGGGGGCAGCCUCUACGAAGCCUCGUUAUAUCAACGUGGAGGUCUGGCUCGACGUUCCUAGGUGAUAUUCUGAAUGCGAUGCCAGGAAACUUCUACCACUUUGAGCCAUUUAUGAAUGUCAAAGCAUUCCAGAUCAGAGGCCCACCAGAAGCUGAAAACGCAUUAACAACAGUCAAGGCCUUGUUCAAGUGUGAUUUCGAUACCUUUUUACGUGGAUAUUUAGAAGAGUACCUUCGUAAUAAGGUGACACCAUGGUACCAGUUCAAACACAAUGACAGAUUAUGGAAGCACGUUAAAUACAAUAGAGACCUGUUUUUUGAUCCCAUGUUCACUUCUAGCUUUUGUAAGUUGUUCCCGUUCCAAAGUAUGAAACUGGUGCGGUUCCGGCUACGACUCGUGCAGGAUAUUAUGGAUGAUCAUGAACUAAAUGUAAAAGUGGUACUGUUGGUCCGCGAUCCGCGGGCGGUCAUGCAGUCCCGGCAAGGCAAAGGCGUGGAGUUCUGUAAAAAAACAAGCCCAGAUUGCUCUCAGCCUGAACUGCUCUGCGCUGACAUGAUAAGCGACUAUAUAGCUGCGAAAAAACUUCAGCAACAAUACCCAAACAGGCUUAUGGUACUACGUAUGGAAGAUUUAUCUUUAGAGCCCAAAAGCAUGACGCUCCGACUAUUCAAGUUCUUAGGGCUCAGCAUGACGGCCGAAGUUGAGCAGUUCCUGGCAUCGCAUACCACUCUGCAGGCGGGGGGAGCCUACGACACCUUCAGGGUGUCCCGCGACGUGCCGUUCAAGUGGAAGAAUAUUUUACACUAUGAAUACGUUCAGGAGAUACAGAUGGCAUGCAAGCAGGCUAUGGAGUUGUGGGGAUAUCGGUUGGCGCACAACGCUACGCACAUGACAAGCAAGGACUUUCACCCACUGGACACAUUCAAUUAUACUCGACGGUCUUAAGAAGCAAAUAAAAAGUUACAGUUUUUU